ACGCACACCCGCACAUACUUACUCAUACACACAGCAAGCGAAUUAAAACAAAUCAUACAUCUUUUUUUUUUUGGUGUCACAAAUUGACAAUUCGCUAUCAACACGACAACAACAACAAGUGUGCGCCUUAACUUGAACCCACCUCUGGCCAAGCAAAAAUACAAAACAUAAACAAAACAAGCAACAAGCAAAGAAAAACCUAAAAGCAAAACAUAAAAUUCGCCAACCCGCAGCAAAAGCGAAAAGAAAAGUGAAAAUAUGGUGAGAGUUUUCAGCUUGAGCGUUUUCUUCAAAGGUGCGACCGAAGCACGCCUGUUGAAGACCACCUCGGAUCUGCAGUCCUUUCCCUUUUUCCAACGUGGCACUGUCAACGAGUUUAUGACUUUCGCUUCAAGGACAAUUGUGGAACGCACGCAGCCGACGAUGAGGCAAUCAGUGAAACAGGAUGCUUACAUGUGCCACGUUUAUGUGCGGGCCGAUAAUUUGGCCGGUGUCCUGAUCGCCGAUCAUGAAUAUCCUCAGCGUGUUGCGCACACCUUGAUCACCAAGAUCCUUGAUGAUUUCACAGCGAAAGUGCCGGCUGGAUUGUGGCCAAAUGGUUCGGAGGCACAAAUUCCGUUCGAUGCGUUGCCAGCGUUUUUGACACGCUAUCAGGAUCCCAAGGAGGCGGAUCCGCUACUGAAAAUGCAAACGGAUUUGGAUGAGACGAAAAUCAUCCUGAAGAAUACAAUUGAAGCGGUGCUGAAACGUGGCGAAAACUUGGAGGAUAUGGUCUAUAAAUCGGAACAAUUGUCCAUGCAGAGCAAGGCGUUCUAUAAGACAGCGAAAAAGACGAAUUCAUGUUGCAGCUUCUCUUAAGUUAACACAUUUAGUAGAACAAGAACAUGAUGAUGAUGAUGAUGAAGAAGUCGAAGAAGAAGAACAGUAAAACACCAUAAACAACACCAACUUACAAAACAAAGAAAAAGAGGAAGCUUUUUAUAACAAUUAAUGAAUUAAUUUUAUAUAUUUACUAUAUAUAUACGAUUUGUAUAUGGAUGUAUGUAUCUGUAAAUGUGUGUGUGUGCGUGUGCUACCCAUACAUAGGCAAAUCACGUUCCCGUUACCCGUUUCAACUAACUGGCAGUAGCAGUAACAGCAGCAGCAGCAGCGAUAUAGUGUUAAUAUUAUUAUUAUUAUUAUUACACACACAUGUAAUUUAUACCAAUACAAUUAUAAUAAUAUACUAUACUGUAUAAGUGUGUGUGUGUGCGUGCUCCACGCCAUGUCUCUAUGUCUAUGUGUCUUAUCUCCUUUCUACAUACAUAUGUAUUUCUACUCUGCUGCCUGUCUAUUUGUAUGUGGUUCUGUGUGUGUGUCUGCGUGUCUGCUCAUCCAUCUCUUAGCUAGCUUUUGUCUUUUGUAUCUGCUCUCCCUCUUCCACCCACAACAACUGUGUGUGUGUGUGUGAGUUUGUUUUGCAUGUGCAUCAAAGGAAUCCCAUAACUGCCGAAUACUCAAGAGGCGCCAUCUAUGGGCUAAAUAAUAAACAAGUAUUAUGCCAAAAAAAAACAAAAAAGAAUUAAUAAAUGGAAUAAAUAACAAAAAAUUAAA